UUCCUUUCCAUCAAUAUGGCCGAUCAGAACGAGAAAGCCUUCCAAAAACAAUUUGGUAUCAACCUAAACCGUAAGAACAAGCCUGGCUUGGCCAAGAAGAAGUCUCUUCGCCGCUGCCGAGAAGUUGGCUUGGGUUUCAAGACACCACGUGAGGCUAUCGAUGGAACCUACAUUGACAAGAAAUGCCCAUUCACCGGCAACGUAAGGAUCCGUGGACGUAUCCUGACCGGAGUUGUCCGUAAGUGCAAAAUGCAAAGGACCAUCGUUAUUCGUAGGGAUUACCUCCACUUUGUACGAAAAUACAGUCGUUUUGAGAAGCGUCAUAGGAACAUGAGUGUUCACUGUUCACCAGCUUUCAGGGAUGUUGAAGCCGGAGAUAUUGUUACCAUUGGUGAAUGCCGACCAUUGUCAAAGACUGUCCGCUUCAACGUGCUUAAAUGCUCAAAGGGACAAGGCGCCAAGAAGAGCUUUAAGAAAUUUUAAAAAACCUAACAACUUUUUGAAUUAAUAAAAAGAAAAACUUUUUUUUAAA